AUGGAUCCCAUGGCUGGCCUCACCGUUUACAAUCUCCCGCCAGCUCCGCCGCGGUUCGAUCACAUCGGCAUCUUCUAUGUCACCUUUUGUUUGACAUGGACGACCAUAGUCUUCUCCUUGAUGGCAUUUGGCUGGCUCAAUAGGACCAACCCCGUUCUCAGGCACCGUGGAGUGGGCUUGUCGUUUGGCGCCAUCUUCUUUCUCCAUUGCUACUGGUUUCUGGCCCAGAUCGUGUAUCCUGUCGGCGGCACCAUGCCAGUCAUCCUCGCCUACAGCAUCCAGUACUUCUUUAUGGGUAUCUGGUUUCCACUCGGCGUUGCUCUGUUCCAUGCUUCCAACAGCCGCUUCCUUCACGUGGCCAAACUACAGAAGCAGUACAUGCAGCCUGAGCUCCGAAGUAAGAGCGGCUGCAACGGCGCGGACAGCUCGUGGAUCUGCAGAUUCAGGAACAUGAGCUACACAAAAAAGAUUAUGCUGCCCAUCGGAUUCGGCAUUGUUCUACAGAUCCUCCUGACGACCGGCAUGUGGUUGGCUUGCAGGAAGUACCACCCUUCCUGGGGCAUUCCCGGCACCGAAAUCCGGGGCGACAACCUCAUGGAGCAGAUGAUUGAUCUUGGUCAGGGGUGGGAGUGGUGGCCCUCUGUUUUGUGGCAGGUCAUCUGGACUUGGAUUGUUGCCCCUAUUCUUCUCUACCGAGCCUGGGGGAUUCGUGACACCAUGGGCUGGCGUUUCCAAACUGUCGGCUGCUGUCUUGCAAGUCUUCAUGCAACGCCCAUGUUCAUGAUUGCCUGCUACGUCCCUGCCUUCCAGGUCAUCAACCCCUAUUACCCUCCAAGUCAAUGGAUCCAUCUGUCCAUCAUGUUUUUCGAAAUCUUCACGAUUAUCAUUCCUGCCAUCCAGGUUGUCCAGCAGCGUCGCAUGGCCAAGAAAUCUGCCGAACUCAACGCCAAGUGGGAGACAUCCUCGCAAACAACGACCCUCCGAACGUCCACGUCUAUCGAAGGAAAGAACUCGAACAUCAGCCUCGCCGAGAAGGCGUCGAGUUUUGAUUACUUGGAUGAGGAGCUUGGCAACCGUCUCCUGACCAUGGCUGCACUCGACCAUGUUCUCAACGAGAACCCGGAACCACUUCAGGAAUUUUCUGCUCUCAGCGACUUCUCCGGCGAGAACAUUGCGUUCCUCACCCGUGUCACACGCUGGAAGUCAACAUUGACGCAUGCGGUGACGGAGGAAAACAACCUCAUCUUGUACAACCGUGCCAUUGAUAUUUACGUCGACUUCAUCAGCAUGCGUGAUGCCGAGUUUCCUCUCAACCUCCCUUCCCAGCAGCUCAAACAGCUCGAGGAGAUCUUUGAACAUUCUACACGCACGGUACUCGGCGACGCGGUGGUCAAUCCCGCCACUCCUUUCGACUUCCCUUCACCAUCCCAUGGUAGUCGUGGACAGAGCGACUCCAAGGACGACUUGCUCACUGAAACGCAGUACACGGGCGACAUUCCUGCUGCCUUUAACCCAGCUGUCUUUGACGCUGCGCAGGCGCACAUCAAAUACCUUGUUCUGACAAACACGUGGCCCAAGUUUGUGGCAGAGAUGCAGUCCAGGAGGAAAUCAAGCGAGACGGAACGGACUGAUAUUUCUGGAGAUUCACAGAUGACUCUUGCCUCGCAGGUUUCCAGCUUUUUCAAGCGACUCAUCUGA